AUCCCUUCCUUUAUUUGGCCAAUAGAGCAAAUCCUCUCCUUUCAAAACUCCAAGCAACCCCCCAGAAGGCCAGAAGGAACUCUGUGUCAGCCAAACUGCGAGAAAGAAAACAAAAUAGAUGGUACAUAAAUCUACAGCUGCAUGCGAUAUUCAUGGGUACCCAACAACCCAACAACCCAUCUGGCUUCUCCUUCUCUCUUCUCUUGGUUUCUUCAUCUUCCUCAAACACUCCAUCUCUUUAGCCCGAUGGAUCAUCAUAACUUUUCUCCGACCCGCUAAAGAUCUGAAAAGAUCGUACGGCUCUUGGGGUUUGAUCACUGGUGCCACUGAUGGCAUAGGCAAGGCCUUUGCCUACCAACUAGCCAAGAAAGGCCUAAACCUUGUUCUAGUCAGCCGCAGCUCCAAAAGGCUCGAAUCAGUCUCCGAAGAAAUUCGAUCCCAUUUCCCCGAUGUGCAGAUCAAAACUCUUGCCUUCGACUUCUCACGCGACCAGGGUUUGGUUAAGUUGGUAGAAGAGGAGAUCAAGGGAUUGGACGUGGGAGUUUUGAUAAAUAUAGUUGGAGUGACUUACCCGGCAGCUAGAUACUUUCAUGAGGUGGAUGAGAAAAUGUGGAUGGAUAUUGUUAGGGUGAAUUUGGAAGGUACAACAAAGGUUACCGUGGCUGUUGUACCCGGGAUGCUUCAAAGGAAGAGAGGUGCCAUUGUUAAUAUUGGGUCUGGGGCAGCCGUUGUGGUUCCUUCCCAUCCUCUCUACACCAUCUACGCAGCUACCAAAGCUUACGUGGACCAACUCUCAAGAUCCCUGUACAUGGAAUACAAGAAGUACGGAAUCGACGUGCAGAUCCAGGUUCCGUUAUAUGUCGCAACAAAAAUGGUGUCGAAAGUUGCUUCGAUCGAGAAGUCGUCAUUGUUCAUACCAUCUGCGGAUGCUUAUGCAGAAGCAGCAGUCAAGCGCAUCGGAUAUGAAGCACGGUGCACGCCGUUUUGGGCUCACUCGCUUCAGUGGUGGUUCGCGCGGUUGGUCCCUGACUCUCUUCUUGAUGCCUGGCGCUUCUAUAUCGGCUUAAACAGAAGGGGAUCAGAAAGCCAGCUAUCUAGCUAGGUUGAAUAUUUUCUUUCUUCCAUAUGUUUGGUAUGUAUUUCUCUCCAUCUUUGAUUGAGGGGAACAGUUUAUAUAUGUGAACUGUGUUUAAGGAAAAGAGAAUCAAGAGAGAUUGAUGAGAGAAUUGUGUGUUUCAUUAUUGAGAAUAGGAUUACAAAGUACA